UGUCGCUCUGUGCUACUGUGCUCUGUCUCUACUCUCUGUCACUAGUGUCACUCUGUCAGUUUUUAAAAUCUGAAAAUAUUAUGGUAUGAUCGAAAAUUUUUUAAAAUUUUGACAAAAUCUUAAUGCAUAUGAUUGAAAUUGUACAUUGAAUUAAUAUCAAAAGAUGGAUGAUGAAGCUGAAACUUAUAAACUGUGGAGAAUUCGUAAAACAGUGAUGCAGUUGUGUCACGAUAGAGGAUACCUAGUAACACAGGAUGAAUUGGAUCAGACUUUAGAACAAUUCAAAGAUCAGUUUGGAGACAAACCAAGUGAAAAACGACCAUCUCGAAGUCAACUCAUCGUUCUGGUUGCACAUAACGAUGACCCCACAGAUCAAAUGUUUGUAUUCUUUCCAGAUGAACCAAAAAUUGGUAUAAAAACAAUCAAAACCUACUGUUCUCGUAUGCAGGAUGAAAACAUCCACAGAGCAAUCAUUGUCGUACAAGCAGGUAUGACACCUUCAGCCAAGCAAUCUCUAGUGGACAUGGCACCAAAAUAUAUUUUAGAGCAGUUCCUAGAAUCAGAAUUGUUGAUAAACAUAACUGAACAUGAAUUAGUCCCUGAACAUGUAGUGAUGACACCAGAAGAAAAACAAGAAUUGUUAGCUAGAUAUAAAUUGAAGGAGAACAUGUUGAUGAGAAUACAAGCUGGGGAUCCUGUUGCUAGAUAUUUUGGAUUGAAGAGAGGACAGGUGGUCAAAAUCAUCCGUUCGUCGGAAACAGCUGGCCGCUAUAUUUCCUACAGGCUCGUUUGUUGACUUUGCAAAUUACAGAGAUGCUUCAGUUGACAACAAUUAUUUUUCAUUACGAAUUCAAAAUGUGUGUAAAUGUUAUAUAUGUGGCGAAUAAAUGAACUACAUGAUCA